UUGGCAUAUUAUCCAUUAGGAUGCAUUUUAAGUCAGUUGUUAUUAGUCCUGGUAUUAUUGACUACAAUAUAUAUUAUUUUACAGAUUUUUUUUUUCUGUUAGUAUUGAAACGUAUACCCGCCUUUAUGCCACACGUCUAACUAAAUAAACAGUUUAUUGCAAAUAAUUGUUGUAGAAAGCCCGAUGCAACAAACAGAUUUAGACGCUUCCUAGAGAAGGGUGCCCGUACCAAAAUGGCUACUGCGUUAACGCAUCGUCUAAAGCGACCGCUACGCAUUUACAUUUGUGCAUUUCAAGCAUCGUAUUUAUUUCGAUGUUAGCGGAUGUAUGGCAAUAAAAAAAAAACUGUAUUCAAGCGAACAAGUUGUGGAUAUUUCAAUGUUGUCCUCAGCGUAUCGCUAUGUCGCAAAUUAAAAAGACACAACUACGCAUGCGCAACGGUUGCUGUGGUUACCUGUACACAGGUUUUCUCUUACAUUCAAAAUGGUAAGUUUUGACAAGUUUUGUCUAUUGAAAACGAUUAAUAUUUAGAUUAUUUUUGUCAGAACAUGUUUUACAUUACUUCCGGUGGAGUUCACGUUUUUAAAUAGGUCACAACGUCCUAGUUUGUUUUCCCACUAUUUAAAAAAAAAAUGAAAAUACUAGCCUGCAAAAGUAUUUCUGAAGGUGAAAGAAAACUCAGCACAACAGUUGAUCAGUCACUUCCUUUGUAUCAGUAUAACAGAAAUUUUAAAAAGCAUCUUCAUAUCAGGAGACUACAUGUCGAGUUUUUCUAUUAUGAGCUUUUUUUUUUUUAAAUUGUACUAAUGUAGUAAUGUAGUGUCAAGUUACAUAAAAUACCAUUAAAAUACAAGGAAGUUUGUAGUUGUGAUGCAAUAAAAUGUGAAAAUGUUUGUAAAGUUAUAAUCAGUUUGCAUGUAAGUUAGACACAAACUGGUCUGUUCAUUGUUUAAAAUCUUUUAUCUUCUAGAGUGUCUCCAGACUUGGCAUGAAAAUGAUCUCUUAAACUAAAGUAUUAUCUGGAGAUAAUACUGUCUUUGUCUUUCUCUUUGUGUGUUCUUUAUUUUGGUUUUCUGGACCUUGGAAUCUUAAAUGUAAAAAUGGUCUUCUUCAAAUCCUAAUGUCUAAUGUUAAACCUUGAUUUCAUUUUUUCUUGCAUGUCCCUUUGUAACUUUCUUUUUCGCGAAUGAUAGCCACCCAAGAAGAAAAAGAAGAAAGGCAGGAUGACUAAAGCAGAGAGGUUAAAGAAGCAGCAAGAGGAAGAAGAGGCAGCCCGGCUGCAAGCCGAAAAAGAAGAACAGGAGAGACUGGAAAGACAGAGAAAGCUGGAGGAGAUACAAAGGCUAGAGGAAAAGGCAGAGCAGAACAGAGACUUGGAGCUUACCGAACUGCGCCUUCUGCUGGAGGAAAACUACUCUGCAAUAAUCAAAUGGAAGGUUGAUGCUGCAGAAAAGGCAGAGUGGGAGAGAUACAUGCUUUGCGAUGGAGUCCCAGACGCAAAGGACCAGCGGGCGGUCAAUACAUUUGUCACCUUGUGGAAGGAUUACUCAGACUCCAACAUUGGAGAGGAGCUUCAACUGUGCAACUCAGCAGUAAAGCUUAUUGAAGACUUGGAUGAGCUUGUGAAAGAGGCCAAAGAUCCAGAGUUGGUCCCAAAGUACCACGAUGCUCUCAUAGAGGUCCAGGAGAUUCUCCAUGCUAAGCACCUUUUCAUAACUGAGAAGCUCCUAAAGGGAGCAAGCGACAACAUUGACCCUGACACAAGGAACAUGCAGACUGUGUCCAAACAUACAAAUGUGACGCUGUGUCUCUGGGCCAACCUUUUCAAAAACCCAAGCUUUACAGGUUUCGACUUUAACGAAGCUGGCCUGAGCUUUAAGCUUCCUGAGGAGCUGGCUGUGAGCGACAUUGCCGUGCGGAUCCUCCACACCCACUAUGACCACCUGUCAAUACUGUCCAGGCUCAGGCAUGCACCUCAGAAGCCGAUAGUGGAGGAGAUUCCGCCGCCUGUCCAGGAGCCAGAGGAAACCCAGGAUGGUGAUUGCACCAGUGAACUGCCCAGUUGCCCCCACAGUCCAACCAGUGAACCGUCCAUAAAAAGCAUCAGCCCGCCAUCUUCAGAGGAAAGCAUGAUAACUACACAGACAGAAGUACUCAGUGGUCACAGUUCCAGCCUGGUUUCAACUGUUUGUCCAACCAAGGAUCCAUCUUGGCCCAGCUUGGCCCAGCUGAACUGCUUGAGUUCCGCUGGGCCUGAAUUCGAAGAGACAGAAAAUGACUCAGAGGUUGUAAAUCUGGUUCAGUACACAACCCUGGGUGGAGUUUUCUACUAUGAUCUGCUUCAACUCCCACCUCAGCCUAUCAGGAGGAAAGGGUACACGAUACUGCAGAUGGUGGACGGGCUGAAGGUGUUCCCUUACCCAACAGAAAGGCCCAAGAAUGAGGAAUGUCCCGAUGACCCAACAGAAGCACCCAACAAUAAGCCGUGCUCUCCCGUUGGGGUGUGCAUUGUGCUUCCUGAGUGGGUUAUCUUCAUGGAAAUGCCACUUGUGGCUCGCUGGGAUGCUGAAGAUGGCCGCUGGCGAAAGGAUGGCAUCACCAACGUCUCCUACGAGGAGGCAGAAGGCAAAAUCUCCUUUGAGAUGGAAUCAUUCCAGAUCUUUACACUGAUGCACAACACCUUCGCCAACUUUCCUUUCCAGGGCUGGGAGCUGCGGCCGCUGGGCCAAAACUCAGCUGUUUUUACUGUCAAGGGGGCUCUCAUUGAGGUCUCCAUCACCAUUAAGAAUAGUCAGUGUAUGCUGCGGCUGGCGCACAGUAGAGGCCUCUCUCACCUCGUGGGGCAGUGGAUGAGCGCACCAGCUCUGCAGAAAGCCAUGCUCAAGGCAGGGAUCAACAUCUUUGUUAACGAGAACACGCACAAAUACGUCAGCGUCUGCAAGAAGAACCCACUUAUAGAACAGUUUGCUUAUGACCAGAUGGCCCUCUUUGCAUCAGCUUGUGCUUUUAAAUGGAGCAAGUGGAACGCCACAUGUGGAGAGGAGAAUCUGGUCCUUCAGGGGUCUGAGCACCUUAAAAUCGGCCUUGUACCUGAAGACUCUUGGAGUACUUACUUUAUGGGUUCACAGAGGACUAGGCAACUGGAGAUCACUGAGAACAGUAAAGACUUUUCCAUAGACCACGCAGCUGGCAGCGAGUUCCACUCCACACUCAUCCAUCUUCUGCAGGAUAGCAUGAGUCCUGAUGGGUUAGCUUUGGUCAGACAGUCCCAUUACUGCUUCAUUGACACUGUGCAAACCCUGCUUUCUGCUACUAGACCCCUGGUUUUUUCAUAAAUUGUGAUAGACCAGGGGUCAAUAACUUGCGACUCACAAUGGCUCAGCUAAUAUCUUUAAAUACAGCUAUGAUAAUAACAAA